CGUAUAAUCUUCAUCGAAGCGGAGAAAACGCUUGGACGACUUUGCACGAAACCUCCACACACACCAACCCAAGCAUCCCCACGCAACAAAACUUAUCACACACACUCUCUCUCCCACAACUCUCUCUCCUGAUUUCCCAGGGCUUGUUUACGAAUUAGAGAACCCUAAGUUUCGUGAUCACAACUGUUCAACUCCAAAUAAGGUCCUGUAGGUGAUAUUUAGUAGCUUUUCCAGCAAUUAGGCGGGUUUGCUGAUGGAAUGGGGAGGGAUUGUGUUGUCUCUAUGUUUUAUUCUGACUUUAGUUGAAUCGUCUCGGAUUCCCGAGGCUUUAUGGUCAGUGAGUUUGAGUGGCGAGCAUAGUUCCAUAUACAGCUGGACAAUCGGGAGCGCUAGUGUUUUUGUAGCUGUUGCGCUUGUUUUGUCCUUGUAUCUUAUUUUUGAGCAUUUAGCAGCCUACAAUCAGCCUGAGGUUUGAUCUCGAACAGAAAUUUAUGAUCGGACUCAUUAUGAUGGUUCCAGUCUAUGCUGUAGAAUCGUUUCUAUCACUAUUGGAUUCAGAUGCUGCAUUCAAUUGUGAGAUUAUCAGGGAUUGCUAUGAAGCUUUUGCAUUGUACUGCUUUGAGAGAUAUCUGAUAGCCUGCUUGGGUGGUGAGGAUAGUACUAUCAAAUAUAUGGAAAGUCAAGGCGUUGUCAGCUCUAGCAUGCCUCUUCUUGAAGAAUCAUAUUCUUAUGGAAUUGUUGAACACCCCUUCCCUCUCAAUUGCUUGUUAAAGGACUGGCAUCUUGGUGCCGACUUUUAUCAAGCUGUGAAAAUUGGCAUUGUUCAAUAUAUGAUAUUGAAGCUUAUAUGUGCGCUGGUAGCAAUGAUUACUCAAGUUUUUGGUGUCUAUGGUGAAGGGAAGUUUGAGUGGGGAUACGCAUAUCCGUACCUGGCAGUUGUUUUAAAUUUUAGCCAGACCUGGGCAUUGUAUUGCCUCGUACAAUUUUAUUCUGUUAUCAAAGAUAAAUUGGCACCAAUUAAGCCUUUGGCCAAGUUUCUCACAUUCAAGUCCAUAGUAUUCCUGACGUGGUGGCAAGGCAUAGCUGUGGCAUUUCUUUUUUCAAUGGGAGCUUUCAGAGGGUCCUUGGCAAAGGAGCUAAAAAUGCGUAUACAAGAUUAUAUCAUCUGCAUAGAGAUGGGAGUUUCUGCUAUAGUCCACCUUUAUGUUUUUCCAGCGAUACCAUACAAGCUUGGAGAGAGAUGUGUACGUAAUGUUGCUGUGAUGUCUGAUUAUGCAUCUCUUGGAACAGAUCCAGAUCCAGAGGAAGUUCGAGACUGUGAAAGAUAUACUAGAGUGCACUUAGGUCGCCAUACUGAUGGAGAAAAGCGGUUGAAUUUCCGGCAGAGUGUUCGUGAUGUUGUAGUUGGCAGUGGUGAAAUUAUCGUUGAUGACAUGAAGUACACAGUUUCGCAUGUUGUGGAACCAGUUGAGAGAGGAUUUUCAAAGAUAAACGAAAAAUUCCAUCAGAUAUCUGAAAAUGUCAAGCGGCUGGAGGAGCGGAAGAAGAAGACCAAGGAUGAUAGUUAUGUAAUUCCUUUAAAUUCCUGGUCAAAAGAGUUCUCGGAUGUGCAUGAUAAUCUGGUAGAAGGCAGUUGCAGUGACAGCAAUUUGCCCGAUGUUAAGAGGAAGUAUACCCAUUCUAAAGAAUUAGCUUCUCAAUUUAAACAUAGAUAGAUCUCAUCAUCAUUAUUCAAUUAUCAGUGGUAGAUGACUCGGCAACAUCCCACUUGUAGGUAAACAAUCUUUGAUACAUGACUACUGACGAUAUUUGGUGAAGAUAUUGAAAGACCCAUAGAUUGCGGUUGGCAAAUUAUGAAAAAGGUGGUGUGUUGUUUUUGACCUAAUACUAGAUAGGAAAUACUUGGAAGAGCAAAAUACAUGUGCCCCCGUGUAACAUGUAUUAUUCCUCACAAAUACAAUCAGCAUAAUCUUACAACUACAACUGUCUUGUUAACAAAACUACUACUUGAUAGUGCGACCUUGUAGGUAUGAUGUAUCAUUGUAUGUACAUAUAAUUUUCAGGGUACAAUUGUCAUAGGGUACAAACGUCAAUUUUCUAGUGAGUUUUUCUUUUGUGGGAUAUAAGUUAAUAGAACUACAGUAUAUUCAAUGGUGUGAUA